GUCAUUAAUUAUAUUUGAAAAAAUAAGUAAUUAAUGCAUCAUUAAAUUCUCAAGUAUGAAAUAAGGAAAUAUUCCAAAUCCAUAUCUAAUUUGAAACAUGGGAAUACCAGAAUUACAUGAACGGAAACAAAAGUUGAGGGACUAGAAGUAGAAAUAAAAUAAAUUGUAGGCAUAGAAAUUUGGGCCCCCAAAAUCCUGGCAUAACUGAAUGUUUUGUUUUUUUUUAAUAUUUAUUUUAUGCCCUUUUGUUUUCGUCAGUUUCUACUUUUCCACCCAAAAACAAAAGUGUAUCUGAUUACUGAUACAACUAAUCAUCAUUCCUCCUACUAUUCAGUAACUCAUCAUUUGAUUGUUUCCUCCAAGGUUUCUUCUUUGUUCCGCCGGUAUCCGCCGCGGUUGCGGCCGCUCCUCCGCCGUCAAUAAUCAAUCGGCGAUUUGAUUCGUUAUUUUAGAUUCACGGACUGAGUGGAGAAACCCUAGUUUGUUUGCCUCAAAUAGAGACCUCUUUGGUGAUGGCAGACCUAAAAGAACGUCUGCUCCCAUCAAAACCUGCAUCAGCUUUAAAUCUUAGGGACUCUUCAUACAGACCCUCCGCCUCUGGUCGUCUCCCAUUUCAAGGAGUUGACGUUUCGGGCCUGAAAAAACGCGGGCAGGGCCUUCGAUCAUGGAUUCGUGUGGAUGUUUCCGGGAAUUCCCAAGUGAUCGAGGUUGAUAAGUUCACAAUGAUGCGUCGUUGUGAUCUUCCUGCACGCGAUCUAAGGCUGUUGGACCCUUUAUUUGUUUACCCCUCGACCAUACUGGGCAGGGAGAAGGCUAUUGUUGUAAAUCUUGAGCAGAUUCGAUGUAUUAUAACUGCGGACGAGGUUUUACUAUUGAACUCUCUUGAUAGUUAUGUUCUGCAGUACGUUGUGGAGCUACAGAGGCGAUUGCAAGCUGCUGGUGUGGGUGAGGUUUGGCAGUCUGAGGGACAUGAGGUGCACAGAAGGAGAGGAAGUAGAAAUUUCGAUAAUAUGUUUGCAAACUCUUCGCCUGAUUAUUUGCCGUUUGAGUUUAGAGCACUUGAAGUUGCUCUUGAGGCUGCUUGCACUUUUCUUGACUCACAGGCAGCAGAGUUAGAGAUCGAAGCAUACCCAUUGCUGGAUGAACUUACUUCAAAAAUCAGCACACUAAAUUUGGAACGAGUUCGUAGAUUAAAAAGCAGACUUGUCGCAUUAACUCGAAGAGUUCAGAAGGUUAGAGACGAGAUAGAGCAGCUAAUGGACGAUGAUGGAGACAUGGCUGAAAUGUAUCUUACAGAGAAGAAAAGGCGCAUGGAAUCAUCCUUUUAUGGGGAACAAUCUUUGAUCGGAUAUCGAUCGAACGACGGUGCUUUGUCUGUCUCAGCUCCCGUUUCUCCUAUUUCUUCACCACCUGAUAAUAGGAGGCUUGAUAAAAGCCUGAGCAUAGCUAGGAGCAGACACGAGAGUGUGAGGAGCUCGUCGGAAGACGCCACAGAAAAUAUUGAAGAGCUGGAAAUGUUGUUGGAGGCUUACUUUGUUGUCAUUGAUAGCACCCUCAAUAAAUUGACUUCGCUGAAGGAGUAUAUCGAUGACACAGAAGACUUCAUCAACAUUCAGCUGGAUAAUGUUCGAAACCAGCUUAUACAGUUUGAGCUGUUAUUAACUACCGCAACUUUUGUGGUAGCAAUAUUUGGAGUGGUGGCAGGAGUUUUUGGCAUGAAUUUUGCGAUACCGAUGUUCGAUAAUCCAGGUGCAUUCAAAUGGGUCCUAAUAAUCACUGGAGUUUGUGGAGCAAUUAUUUUUGCCACGUUUUUAUGGUUUUUUAAGUACAGAAGACUGAUGCCGCUGUAGAAGAUGGAUUUAAAAAAAGAAAAAAAAAAGAGUUGCAGGCUGUUUAUUGCCAAACAAAUGUGGUCUUGCUAUUAUUUAUUAUCUAUUAAUUUAAAUUUUUGAAGAAAUACAGAUACUAGUGACGGAAAAGAUACCGGUUUAUUUCACAGUUUCAUUGUACAAAAAUAAUUGUUUGUAAGUUUCUAUACAAUUGAAUACUGUUGAUUAGUUUCUUCGCCGAUACUAUUUGUUUGAUGUAAAAUCUUCAAGCAACUAUUGGUUGAAGGAGUGAAAACUGGAAUUGCAUUUUUGAAUUCCUGAGAUUAAAUUUGAAUUUUUUUUCGA